UAAGGGGCUAGUUAUCGUCACGAAACGAUGAGAGGAAGACGUACUUAAAUAGUUGUCGACCAAAUGAACGGCACAGUGUUUGUAGUGCUUGCCAUGGUAGCAACAUCGUGCGAGUUAUUUCUUUAAUUCAUAUCUCGAAAUAUUUCUUUAGUUAAGAUUGACGCCGUAAUAUCAGAGAAAAUGGUGGUCGCUCGCAAAUACGUGGUUAAAAAAUAUUUCCAAGGUGAGCCGAAAAUCAGUGACUAUGAGAUCGUGAAUGAGACACUUCCUCCUCUGAAAGACGGUGAGAUCCUUAUCAAGACCGAAUGGAUCAGCAUCGACCCCUACCAACUUAUUUACAACUCUACUCUUCCUCUACCGUACGACCAAUUCGGUUUUCAAGUCGGGAUCGUCCAAGAAUCUAAGGAUCCGAAUCACCCUGUCGGGUCACGAGUGGUAACGCACAAAGGAUGGUGUGACUACAGCAUAGUAAAUAUGAGCGAGCCCAUCCUUGGGAAAGAACAUAUAAAGUAUGCGCUCCCAGAUUUACAAGGGUUGUCGCCUUCCUUAGCUCUCGGAGCCGUCGGCAUGCCGGGCGCCACGGCAUAUCUUUCUUUCUUGGAAAUUGGUAAACCUAAACCUGGAGACGUCGUUGCUAUAACCGGAGCCGCAGGAGCGGUGGGAUCUCUAGUCGGACAAAUUGCCAAAAUCAAAGGCUGCAAAGUGAUAGGAUUUGCUGGAUCCGACCGCAAAGUGGAAUGGCUAAAGAAAGACCUAGGAUUUGACAGUGCUUAUAAUUAUAAAACCGUCAAUAUUGCAAAUGCUCUUCGUGAAGCGGCACCAGAUGGUGUUGACAUAUAUUUGGACAACGUCGGUGGUGAAAUUAGUAGCACGAUUAUGUACCAGAUGACGACUGGUGGAAGGGUGGUGAACGUCGGGAGUAUUAGCUCCUUUUUUCCUAAGGCUGAUGUGUUACCGAAAGUGACUCUAGUGCAACCUGCCAUUUUGUUCAAGUCGUUGAAACUGGAAGGAUUUAAAAUCUGGGACAGGUACGACAGCUGGCACGGGGCGUUUGUGGAGCUGGUCAAGUUGAUAAAGAGUGGUGAGCUGAAGACACCAGAACACGUAACAGAGGGGUUUGACAAGGUGUUUGAAGCUUUUAUUGCCAUGCUUAGUGGAGAGAAUACUGGAAAAGCUGUUGUUAAAUUAUAAAUUAUUCAAAUAAGAUAUAGUAUGUAUCUUGUUGUAGUAAGAAACUUAUUAUUAACAUUAUUAUUUAAUUUCUUUAUAAGUAAUGUAAAAAAAUUGGCAAUUAACUUAUAUGUAUAUUAAAAUGCAUGUGAGACGCAUGGAACCACAACAGGUUCAAAUCCUUCCUCUACCUUUUUUUCUUUAGAAUAUAAGUGGAGGCUUCCCUCUAAAAUAUAAAAAUGUAUAGUUUGACCACCCAAGAAUACCUACACACAAAAUUCAAUAAGCCAAAAUGAAAAUAAUACCUACGUAACUUAGAAAUCCACUGGACAAUUACAUGGGGUCUGAUCAUUGUCAGUGAUAAGUUUUUUACGGGGAAAGAAAUCGCGGGCAACAGUUAUUGGACUUACCUAACUUGACGUAGGUCAUAUCUAUAUCUUCAUAUUAUAGCAUUGAGUAUUUAUUAUAGGCAUAAAUAAGGAAUUGCACAAUGUUAUGAAAGACAAAAAAAGAGGCGGACGACGCCCGAUAUAGUUUUGUCAAAUCUUUUCACAGAAAAUCUGUCUUGAAAUAUAUUUGACAUUAUAGAACUUCAGUCGUCGUUAAAAAAUAUUUUAUCAGUAGGUAAUACACAACUACUAAUUUAUAGCUUUGCCCGGGACUUAGCUCCAGUUUAAUUUUUAUUUCUUUACAAGCUAAAGGGCGCUACAUACAUACAUAUAACAGGUCACUAUCCCUUACGUGGUAGACAGAUCCAACAGUCUUCAUAAGACUAAAAGGCUACGUUCAGCUCUAUGGCUUUAUGUGGUGGAAUUAAGAUUUAAAUAGUGACAGAUUGUUGGACAACAAAAACAAAUCAAUAUUAGUAAAAUAAGAGCUAAUGUCAGAAAAGAAUGAAAUAUUAUCUAUCACAGAAUUAUUAAUAUUAUCUAGUUUAGUACACAUUAAUGAUAAUCCAAACACAGAACUUACUGAAAUUGACAUUUUUGGUGACAUUUUAAUAUAGUUUUCAAUUUUAUUUACAAGGACAUAUGUUGAACAAAAAUAUAAUAAAGAAACUAAAACUGUGGCAAAAUGUUACCAAAAUUGAUUACUAGUUGGAUGAAACACAAAAAUACUAAAUUAAGUACUUUCUUAUUUAAUAGGGUUUUAUUACAAAAAUUCCGUGGGUUUCAUCCAAUCUAAUGCAAUAGACAUUGAGAGACAUCAAAAAAUACAUUUUAUUUAACUUCACAUCACAAUUUCAACACUGAUGACAAUUUAAACAAAAAUACAACUGCAUCACAUCAAAUUUUCUAUUGACAACAAAUCAUGUUAAUAGACAUAAUUCCUCACUUCCACACUCUGCACAUCUUCAUUGCUCCAGAGGGUCUCUACUUCAUACUCAGAGUUCCUGGCGUCUCUGACGUGGUCCCGGCGUUCCCAACGGGACCUGUUGAUACGAGCGAUCUCCAGCCAAAGACGCGCUUCCAGCA